CCUAGUACACCUGUCUCUCGCCGCCGGCAACACUCUGAGAACGUUUGUGUUGUUCGGGGCCAAGCGAUUGCGUCGUUGAUACUAUGAGGGUUUGAAAUUCACUGACACUGUGUCUACUUGGGAGGUUGCUUAAUUCAGAAAGCUGAUUAAUUUGGACACACAUAUGAGCUCCAUUCCCAAACAGCCUUUGUUUUGCCUAAAAUGGCCAUGGGACAUGAACCAGAAUACUCAGAGUAAUACUCCUAGUGUUUGCACCUUUGAGGGUCCUUGGCUAUUUAGAUCUAUGCAAAGUCUUGGCUCCGCUGCAUGCAAUUUCGUCCGGUCAGUUUCCAAGCCCUUGCAGUUGGAUUCAAGAACCAACCAAAUCAAGACUCUGAAGGCAAAAACAGUCAUGAGUCCCCAAGAGCAGGGGGAGGCAGAGCUUCGAGCAUUUGCGUCCGCGUUGGCAAGUGAGAAAGAGGCUACCAUGCUUGAGUUUUACUCACCCAAAUGCAGGCUGUGCAAUUCUUUACUUAAUUCUGUAGUGGAGGUUGAGCAUAGGAACUCAGACUGGCUUAACAUUGUUAUGGCAGAUGCAGAGAAUGACAAAUGGCUGCCCGAGCUCCUGCAUUAUGACAUUAGAUAUGUGCCCUGCUUUGUGUUACUGGACAAGAAGGGGAGGGCACUGGCAAAGACUGGUAUACCAAAUAGUCGAUUACAUGUAUUAGCAGGUCUCUCUCAUCUUCUGAAGAUGAAGCGUCCCAGCAAAAGAAUAAGCUGAAUCAAUUUUGGACUUUGGAGCAUUCUCUACAAGUCUCUACAAGUCUAAAUUCAGUCAUCAUGAGUAACUUUUGUUCUUUUAUUUGAUUCAGUCUACAAAUGUAUAGUUGAAUUAAAGGAAAUGCUUGCUUGUUCCGGAUCAUCAAUUAUAGGGGGAGUCAUAAACAGCAAUCUUAUAUUCUUACCUUGAUGAACAGAGAAGUGACUGUACUACUUUCCAUAACUUGUGCUAAAAGUGCUUAUUUUCCUGGCAUCCCUUA